UACGUUUGAUAAAAGACCUUAGAUUGAUCAAGGAAGGCAGCCAAGUCUGAUAGUUGGCAAUAAACAUGGUGUUCUAACCACACCCUUUCUAAUAAAGCAGGGUGUGGCACUCUAAAGUGUUUCAUGUGUUUUUUGUCUUUGUAAAAACAAAAAAAACAACAUGCACCAUGUUAGGUCUGGUGUGUGUUUCCAAUAUAGAAAGAUCAGACUAACAGCUGAAAAAUACAAUCCGGUUAGGAUUUUUCUUUUUAAUUGUGAAAGUGUAUGCACUAGGUGCAAGACCAGUGGCUCUAUUUUCAGCCCAAGAUGCCCCACAAUCGAGGCUGUUGCAUUAUUUGUCGCCGAGUGUAACCAUGAAACAUAGCGUACAGUUCAUAACUGUAAAUGUGGAGAUUCUACUACAUUUCCCAUGAUUCCACACCCCGGAAGUUGACGCACAAGGCGGAAGCAUGCGAAGAGUGAGCAGGCAGUCCUGUGAGGACGGCCCACUGUUGGAGGAGCAGGAGACGGAGGGCCAGCGGCAGCUGCACAGCCUCCUGCUGCAGCAGCUCCACACUGACGUUGACAUCGAUCGAUGUGUAGCCAAGAGGCAGUGCUUCGCACCGGCAUCACUUUAUCGGCCGUUUGGGGAACAGGCGGCUGGAGUGAGAAGCCUCUCCCAGUUCCAGGCCCUGCAGGAUGGGGAGAAUGAGCUGGCCAGCUUGCGGGAGCUGGGCCUUACCGACACCGAGAUCCAGCUGUGGCAGAGCAGAGACGCACCGGAGGCAUCAGAGAAGUCCCAUGGUGUGUGCGCAGCUCCAGGUGCGAAGCAGCAGCGCCUGCAGGUGAUCAGAGACAAGAUUGAAGCCAGGGCAGAGCUCCUGUCCCGCCCACAACGCUUCGCCUCCAGCCGGCCACUGUCACGCCGGGAGAUGGAGAUAGAACGGGCGCUUUUCCAGGGAAAUGACCGGCUGGGUUUUCUCACUGCACUUUACCAUAGAGAUGAAGAUAAACAGGAGGGCCAGCAGGGGGAGUCGUCCUCUGAUCCCAUGGACUCUCUCUACAGAGACGUUCUCAUAAAGGAGAGUCAACAAGCGUCACUACAGGACUCUCAGAGAGAGACAACUGGAGCAUCACACCUGCCUUCGAACAGAAUUGUAUCUGACCAAUUACAGGACUCACAGAGAGACAACAAUCAAUCAAAAGAAGCUUCUGAUCAAUCAGAACUGCAGGGUGAAAAAAGUAGCUUGUCAGUACAUUCAGUGCCAAGUUCAGACACUUCAGAGGCGCAUCUCACUCAGGACAGACCGCGGCAACCACCACUGGCUGCUCCAAUACACAUCAAUAUAAGUCAGCCAAUCGGUAGUCUGCGUGGAGCUGUGACUGCGAGGUCAGGGGGACCCCUGACUGUCAGAGGGGAAAUUGAGACAAUCUCAGACGAAGAAAUCCUGAAGAACCGUGAAUCUGAAGAAGAGAUCCAGAGCAUCCCGAGGUUCCGAAACUACCUGCCGGGAAAACCCUCCAAGGUGCUGUGUGUAAAGAACCUGAGUGCACAGGCGUCAGUGGCCCAGCUGGUGGCACUGUUCUCCAGGUUUGAGCGGGAAAAUGAGCCGCCAGUCCUUUACCGCCUGCUGACUGGAAGGAUGAAGGGGCAGGCCUUCAUCACUCUGCCAGAUGCUGAAACGGCACAGAAAGCCUUGCAGCUGGUCCAUGGAUACCGGUUGCUAGGGAAACCUUUGGUGGUGGAGUUUGGCCAUGAGCGACAGGAAAAGGAGAAACAGAAGAAAGAGGAAGUGUGGGAGGAGAGGAAAUAGAAGAACAAAAUAUGUUUAUUCCUGACAACAUGGAUCCUCUAGAGUUGUGAGAGACAGACUGAGAUGGAUGUGAUUGUAUAUUUUUUAUUUUUGUUAUUAUGUAUUAAAAAAUGAUAAUCUUUGCCAGUUUCAUCUUAAUAAAAGGCAUUUCUUA